AGGACCUAAGGGCAGACACAUCAGUUGGAGCUCAAUUGUUGAUCAGAUCACAUCUAAGGGAUUUAGGAGCACAGAAGAGCCGAGAUUUGAGGAAAGACACCCCACUGAAUCCUUCCACACUCCUCCUUCUCCUCCAUACCUAGGUUGCAAUAUAUCUCUGACAGAAAGAAAUCAGAACGAAAAAAGAAAAUUAGCGGCUCGAUUUCUGUUCUCUCGCCCUGCCUGGCUCCAGUAAGGGGGGGGAGGGGGGGGGAAGGAAAAAAAGAGAGAGAGGGAGAGAGACACAGAAAGAAAGAGAGAUCCAGAGAAGCCCGGGUUUGUUCCGCUCCCCUCCCCGGCUGUUCAGGCUCCCUCCUCCCCUUCUCUCUCUCUUUUUUUUUUUUUUUUUUUUGUAUAAUUCCUUCCCCCCACCCCCUUUUUUUUUUUUUUUUUUUUUUUAAAUAUUUCUGCCGCUCCUGCCGCCGCCGCCAGUGCCGCCGCCGCCGCCGCCGCUGUGCCCGCGCCCCGGAGAUGUCCUUCCCCCAGCUGGGCUACCCGCAGUAUCUCAGCGCCAGCCAGGCGGUGUACGGGAGCGACCGGCCCGGGGUGCUGGCCGCCGCCGCCGCCGCCGCCGCCGCUGCCGCCGCCGCCUCGGGCCGGCCGGCGGGCGCCGAGCUGGGCAGCGGCUCGGCCGCUGUCACCUCCGUGCUGGGCAUGUACGCCAGCCCCUACAGCGCCCCCAACUACAGCGCCUUCCUGCCCUACACCGCCGACCUCGGCCUCUUCUCCCAAAUGGGCUCCCAGUACGAGCUGAAAGAUAAUCCGGGUGUCCACCCCGCUACCUUUGCUGCCCACACUGCCCCCGGCUAUUAUCCCUACGGACAGUUCCAGUACGGGGACCCGGGGCGGCCUAAAAACGCCACCCGGGAGAGCACCAGCACCCUCAAGGCCUGGCUCAACGAGCACCGCAAGAACCCCUACCCCACCAAGGGCGAGAAGAUCAUGCUGGCCAUCAUCACCAAGAUGACCCUCACCCAGGUCUCCACCUGGUUCGCCAACGCCCGCCGGCGGCUCAAGAAGGAGAACAAGGUGACCUGGGGCUCCAGGAGUAAGGACCAAGAAGACUCAAACCUCUUCGGGAGUGACAACGAGGGGGACCCCGAGAAGAACGAAGAUGACGAGGAAAUCGACCUGGAGAGCAUAGACAUAGACAAAAUCGAUGAGAACGAUGGGGAGCAGAGCAACGAGGAAGAGGAGGAGAAGCCCGAGCUCCUGAGACAAAGCAGUGAAGAGGAGCACUUGGAAAAGGAGAAGGAUUUGGUGUUGUCAGGGUCCGAAGGGCUGAAACCCAAAGACGCGCUGGCCAUGGUGAAGGAGGCCUCUGACAGCAGCACGCGAAUCAUCAGUCCCGGGGGACAGAACAAUUUACAGAUGCCAUCUCACAGCAAACCCAAGAUCUGGUCUUUGGCAGAGACAGCAACCAGUCCUGACGGUGCCCUGAAAUCCUCUCCCCCUCCGCCCCCUCCUCCCCAGGUUAACCACACUUCUCCACAGAUCCAGCACCCCGCUUUUCUCCCUAGCCAUGGACUCUACACAUGCCAGAUUGGCAAAUUUCACAACUGGACAAAUGGGGCUUUCCUCACUCAGAGUUCCCUGCUAAAUAUGAGGUCCUUUUUGGGAGUAAAUCACCACCACGCUGCUCACCACAACCACCACCUCCAGGCCCAGCAGCAACCUUCUGUUCUAACAGCAACCCUGGGAGCCCUAAGCAGUGAAAAGCCUUCAGAGAGGACCAGUCCCAAACACAUAGAAAGAGAAAAUGUACCGAGAACCGAAUCCCCACCUCAGCCGCUAAAAUCGCCCUUCCAGCCUGUCCGUGACAACUCUUUGGCUCAGCAAGAGGGAGCACCGAGAAUUUUAACAGCUCUCCCUUCCGCUUGAUUAAAUGGUUUGGUGAAAAAAAUAUUACAGAGACUGGUAUUAAGGACAGGAAAAAAAAAAAAAAAAAAGGAAACGAUAUAAACGACACCCAUCAAUCUCUUUUUGCAAUAAGGUGGUGCAAAUCCAUAAAAGCGAUUACACAAAUCUGUAGAUGGAUCCCCUUCUUCAUUGUACCAUUUCAGAUCGUGUUAUUCUAACCAUUCUUGGAUUAUUUGUUUGGUAAAUGUUUCCCAUGUGUUUGUGUUUUUUCUGUAUAUAGAGUGAUUUCAGAUUGUAAAUAGCGCGUCAGCAAAACUUGUCUAAAUCAUAUAUUUUUGUCUAAUAAACUAAAUGAAAUUAUGAGCUCUCUUCAGGUAUGUAUUCUGUUGCUGCAGACCUUAUACAUAUACAACGACUCUAUUCGAACAUUUAUAAUUUGUUUCCUAAAAAGUGAAGUCUUUUUGCCUUUGGGUAACCGAAACCUGAAAUACCAAAUCCAAGCUUUUAAUGACUCUUGUAGCUAUUUUGUCAAAAACAAGCCGCGAGCUUCCCUUUUCAUACACGUAAACCUAAGAAGCUGAGUGAAGCUGGUUCUUGACUAGCAAAAUUAAAGUUAUUUUUUUCAAUUGUGAUGAAGACCUGUUCUGUAGUAUCCAUUUUCCGAACAUAAAUAGAU